AUGUUUGGUAAUCUCGUGAACAAAAACGCCAGGACAGCGCUCAAAGAAUACGGAGACCUUAACGGCGCCGUCGUCGAUUUUGACAUCAGUACCGUGGAAAGUUCUCCUCACAGCCCACAGUUUAGAGCCAUGGCAAGAGUCGGAGAUCGUAAUUUCCCUGCCGCUGUAGGUUCAUCUAUAAAGGACGCGAAGGAGUAUGCGGCUGAUCUUGCUCUUCAAGCCAUUGCCCAAGGUAAGUUCAAAACAAGCAAAAAUCAUAAUAGCUACAUCUACUGAUAAUAGUUCGUGAUUGUAUCUUUUUGUCAUGUUGUGCCCUUUCCCUGUUCUUUUUUAUUAAGUCACGUUUUCCUCACAAGUCCAAGAUGUGAUCGAGGCAUAUGUUUUCAAUCGAUAACGACAAUAAGAUUGACAACGCGCCAUGCAGUGCAGUGACAUUUUUUGAGCGCGCGGAUCUAGUGCACUUUUAAUCGGCGCAGGUGCAAGAAACCUUUUGACAAUCACAAGAAAUUCCGGACAAGCAAAUCUCAGAUCAACUGCACAGUUAAUGCUGGAACCAAAAGUGGAAAAUUCGUAUGUUUAGGCAUCUUUUCCUAUCUACUGCCAAAAAUAUUUUGUAGGGUCUUCCACUUAUUUAUUAAAUUUUUUGACCUACAGCAUUAUUUUAUUCAUCACCCCAGGUUUAGGGCAGACAUAUUCCCAAUCUCUCUGUCAACAGAGGACAGAAAUGGGUGUUGCUGUAUUUAGCGAGUUAAUGUGAUAAUUUUUUUAAUAACGUGGUAAAAAAAUUGUAAAUUGGUUAAAUUUUAUAUUUGUUAGACCCUUUUCGCACAAAGCAAAAUUUUGUUUGUUUUGCAAACAAUUCUGUCAACAGGAAGUCAUUUCUAGUGCAAAGGAUUUUUUUCACGACCAAUGUUUUGUCAGGCGACAAUCUCCUUUUUUCCUUGACAGCUAUCCUUUGUGAGGUCAUCUUAUUUUGCAGACAUGACCUUAGACGAAAAACUUUGCAUGUCUCAGAUGCGAGCAAGGUUGCAAAAACAAAAAAUUGUUGUGAAUCAAACUCUGUUUUUUGCCAUAGUGCGAACAGGGCCUUGGUACAGUGAUGUAGCAUGACCAAGAGUUUUAGUAACCCCUCCCUAGGAAAUUUUGCCAAAAAAUGCGUUUUGAACCUAGUCAAGCCGUUUUCUGGUCACUUUCGUGCUAUAAAAAGCCAAAACUUACUAUAAAGCCAUUUACAGGUUGUACACUUCACGGCCUUCUGAUCCAGAUGCAAAAUAUCAGCUUGCAGAUUUCGGGCAUGCGCAGGAAGCAAAAUUUUGACACAGCAGUCACAGUAAAAGUUUUCACAGAUUAUUGCUGUUACACAGUGACAAAGCAGUCUUGACUUUUACUUUUCACUUUCUCUCCUCUCCUCUUUUUUCGCUUUUCUGGCCAGCUCAAUUUUUUCUUUUGCUGGGCAUUUAGUAGGCUUCAUUUUGGUGGGAAAGGUUUUUAGGAAAGCUUUAGGAUCUUAGGAUUAGAUGAAAGGAAAGGUACAGUACUGCUCAAAAGUGAGUUGACACUUGAAGCUCGAAACUCGAGACUCAACCCUCAGGUCUCGAAGCUUGAACACUUCGAGUUUCGAGAAGCGAGGAUCGAGUCUAUAGAUGUGAGGAUCGAGAUUCGAUGAUUGAGGAUUGAGGAUCGAGAAGCAAGGUUUUAACGUGAAAUUAUUUUUGUUUUGCCAAAGAACAACGUUGUACAGUCAUGUAGCCGUUCAGAUAUUGCACCGUCGAUCAGCACUUGCGGUGCGGUGUAACUUUUUGAAUUGCCAGCUUCGGCAAGCUUUCAAUAAGUGUAAAUCAGUAUUUUUGGUUUUGAAGAUUUAUCCUGCAUGUGUAAUAUAUGUAGCCUUUGUUCGCAAUAUUCCGAGAUUUUCACAGAUGAAUGGUGCAGCUUGGUAAUUCUAUGAAUUAAAUUUGUCCCGAUUUUAUGCAAAUCAUGAUGAAGAUUACAACAUUUGAGUUGUUAAAUUUGCUAUUAGUCAAGUUUCAACCUCUUUCUCGUGUAAAUGCGUCUUAGAACAUUCAGCCUUUCACUCGCUAAGUUCAUUAAAAAACUCGGCGAUUCUGUGGCAUAUCACGCAUUUGGCAUAUGUUAAGAUGUUGAUAAAGUCACGAGAAACUAUGUGUGUUCUAAAAAGCGAAAUUUUCAUGUGCGCUUUAGUCAAUUAUGCGGCUUGUCACACUGUUACUGUAUGUAAAAUGUGCAAAUCCACAUGUAGUCACACAAUAAUUUCAUGGAAAAUUUUAUUUGUAACAAAAAGCGAGAUUUUCACAAGCAUUUGAGUUAUUAAAUUUUCCAUUAGUCAGUUUCACAUAUGUAACCUUUCAUUCGCCAUGUUCAUUCAAAAACAUGACUCAGCGACUCCCUGAAUUGUAAAACUGGCUUUUAUGCAAAUCUAGCUGAUCUCACUGGAAACUUUGUUUGCUAAAGCAACAUUUCAACACAAGAUAAUUAGAGUAUUAAAAAAAGUUUCAUACUCGUUUUGUUCCAACGAUAGAAAGUGACAAGGAAUGCACAAGCAGUCUGCAGAAAUCGGAAAAGUAGUUGUCACAUGAUUCGGAUUUUGACAGACAGACAGACCUCGUGGUAUCGAUUUGUGAGAUAGAUACAUGUAAGAUCUGGUUUUCGGAUUGAAGCGUGUGAAUGUGUGAUCUUGUUUUCGAGUACGAUUAUCUACAGAGUGGUUUAGUUAUUGUUCACUUUUAAACAGAGACUGUUUUUUACUGCUAGUCUGACAUAUGAACAAUGGAAACUAGUCAAAAAGAAUUAUGGCUGUACACUGUGCACAAGUGAUAUUAAUAUCUUCAUUUCUAGUUUGAUUUGUUUCAUUGUUACUUUCAAAUGGAGGCUCAAUUUCACCGCUAUUACAUAUAUGUAUCUUGCCUUCACUUCUAAAGUAAGUUUCAAAAGGACUAUCAACAGGAGACCAAAAGUGCAAAUUUUCGCUUUCAAAGCGCAAGCUUUGUUUACAUGAAUUAAACCGAACGAGUCUCACCCAAUGCACAGAACGGUAAUUUUUGGAAUGGGAGGUAAGUGUACACUUUUAAAGAGUGUUCUUUCACGACAAGUUCUCGACUCGAAAUUUGAAACUUAUCCUCAAUCCUCGAUCAUCAAGACUCAAGACUCGAUCCUUGAAAGUUUCGAGAAUUGAGUCUUGAGUCUUGAGAAUCGAUACUCAAGUGACUGUAAACUUACUUUUGAGCAGUACUGGAGGUGGGUAGUGGAAAAAGAUUUUCAUGGAAAUUUUCAGGGCAAUGUUACAUGGUUUUCUCUGGUGUCCUUGACUGAAUUGUGCUCAUUCUGGUAUGGUCUGAAAGAUCUCUUCACUUUGCACAAGUUCAGUUGGUACACAAAGUUGUCCUUGACCAUUAAAACUGAUGACAUCACAAGCGGUAGAAGGGAUGUGGAUCCCCAUGGGCAGUUAUGGGCGGCUCACAGGAAAAUCGGUUAAACAACAAGUUUUUUGAAGAAAUGCACUUUUAAGUAUAGAUCUUUGCAUUGUAUUUCAAGAUUAUUCCUCUCCAUCUACUAGGCCACAAACUGCAUGUAGUCCCUGCCAUCUGUGGGGUUGGGAGGUGCCAUUGUGUCAACUGAGAGCUGACUUUAUGUACUAACACCAAGGAGUUAUUUUGGAUUUCCCCACCCCCUGACCCUGGUACAAGAUACUGUGGAACCCCAAUUUUCAAUCUUCCAUGCAACAAUAUUCCUGAUCAAGCAAUCAACAUAAUUUCUGUGUCCUGACAAAAGUUACGGUAAAUUGUAUAGAGCAGAAUCCCGAUUUAAGAAUAUUUUGUUGAACGGUAUUCCUGGUAAAACAAUAGAAAUCUAGCGAACCAAGCAUAAAGUUUUUCCUGUUAAAACUAUAUGUAAAUGACUAAUAUCAUAUCAGAAGUGCUUUUAUCCAUAGCACUUCGAAAAAUAUUUUUUAUAUUUUAAUUAUUAACCAUAUCCCUAUAUAAUGAUAUUUUUAGAUAAUUUGCCACCAAAUCAUUAAAUUGGGAGUUUGUUUACAAUCUUAAUUAUGAAAUACCCCGAUUUAACUAUACUGCUCCUUGCCAUAAUAUAAUGGUAAUUGAACUGAUUGGAGUGAAAUUUGGUCUGAAAUCAUACAUAUACACAUGAUUUUAUUUUGGACAAGCACGCAGUGCAAGUUUGCACGACAAGAAGAUCAGUUACGGCUUUAUUACAGCCACUUUGAAAUCGCAGAACUCAGUUGGUAUCAACAUUUUAUUAAUAUAGGGGCCAGUUUUUUGAAAAGUGGAAACAAAAAGGCUUUUAUGUCUCAUUUUGUAUUGAUGAUGAGAUAUAGUCUGAGUAAAAGUGGUGCGAUUGAAAACAGAGGUGAUGCGAUUUAGAACAUGAAUGACGCAAUUUAGAACAGAUGUGAUUUAGAGCAAAAAUACCUUGAUUUGUGAAUAAAUCACAUUGCUGAGAGCCAAUCAGAUUGCAGGAAUCACUAUAGUGAUUUCAAAAUGGAUAUUAUAAUAAUAAAUUGUAAAAUGGGGUUCCACUGUAACUUAAACAAUUCCCCAUCCAAUAAUUGGGUGCCAAGGUAGUGGAUGUUGACAUGUAAAGUGAACUAUGGAUAAUAAAUUAUUACAAGUUUGAUUCCAAAAAUACCCUUUCUGGUUUCCCUUGCAGAACAAUAUGGCAACAGGUCACAGCAAGGUCCAUAUGAACCCUUCCAAGCUAGCCCAGGUUUCUCCAAAAGGACACAAUACAAAAGGCCUCCCAGAGUGAAAGCAAAAAAGUCCAUGGCACUAUCAGCUCCUCCUGACAAAGAUCCUGUGAUGCUGCUUAAUGAAUAUGGUCAAAAACGGGGUCAGUUGGUAAGUACUAACCGUGGAACCUACACUUCGAGUAGAGCCUUCUUUUGUCUUGUUCUUAAUCAAAGAGGAGAAAAGGAGGCUGUGCCUAAAAGCCUGUUUACAAGGAGAGAGUGUUACCGUUGUGCUAGGGUUACCCUAACAAAAAAAGUGGGCUAAAGAUAGCUCUGGUUUAUAAGCAAAUUUCACGGUUAGGGUUACCCUAUCACCUGGGUCAACUUUUUUGUACAUGUACUUGCCAACGUUUUCUGAGUCAAAUGCAUGAUAUUUUCUGAAUUUCAUCUUAUCAUGACCAGAACUUCCAGAAACAUCCCAGCAUCUUCUGAACAUUUCCAACCAUUUCUGAAGACUUUCAAAUACCAAAAAUGUCCUAAAAUGUUCUGAUGACCUUUGAGAACCCCCUGACCCAUUUCAAAGGCAACAAUAAUUUUAGCAUGUUGCAAGGCUGUACUCUAAGGAAAAUUUCAGCUAAGGCGCCCAGACCUCAAAGUUGGUCGCCCGAAUAAAAAUUUUGGGUUGCCCUUUGAGCUCCCAAAUAUUCCACCUGGGGUGCCCAGGGCUCCACGUUGGUCGCCCGAGUACAUCUGACGAAGAAGUAUUUUGUACACACACUAAUUUUACUGGCCUGUUGGUCACCAAACUCACCAAGCUUUUGGGUGCGACAAAAACCCCCAUGUUGUCCUAUGAAGCGAAUCAAAGUUUCCGUGCCAUUCAGAUUUAAAACGAGAAAAGAGCAAUGCUGCCGAAUUGUUCAGGUUUUUAUAAAGAGGGAAAAGUAACGAUUUCGGCAGGUUUAUGUUAUUUUCAUCAAGAUUUUCUGGUCAAACAUAGGAAAACCGUGCUUUUUACUAGUAAUACUAAAGUUGAAAAUAAAUUCUCAAAAGGUGAAAUCAUUUCAGCAUGAAAAAAGUGACGGCAAGUUCCCAUGAAAAAUUCCGUGAAACGGUGAAACCGCCGCGGCCCCAAAUCUACUAUUUUAAUUUAAAAUAAGUCAUCUGUAAUUUUCUGUUCUAUAUUAUCAGUGAAUCUUUUAGGAUAAUUGAGCUUUUCAUGGAUUGGGGCGAAGUGUAAACCAGCUCUUCUUUCUGUGUUUUUUGCCUCUAAAUUUAGCCUAUGCAUGCAUGCAAAUUUAGUUUUCGAGAUACGUAAAAUGCCAAGACAACGUGCGACUGCCCUGUCUCUAAAACGACAAUAAAAAUGAUCAUGAUUAUCUUUUCUUUUUAUACAUGUAUUUCCUUAUAAUUAUUAUGUACAGGGAAUAAAACAAUAUCAUAAGUUAUGUUUUAGCCUUGCAGACACAACAGCCAAAAACCGUAAAAAUAUGAAAUUUGCAUACCGGGAUACAGCGACUUCCCUUUUAUACAAAAGUAAAUUACCCCUCAUCGCCUGUCAGAAAAGUAUUAACAGUUUCUUCUAAAACUGUCCCUAAUAAACCAUUCUAUCUGAAAGGGAAAAUGUUAAAACUUUUUUUGAGAAGCAAAAUCGAAAUCUGUGCCGCUUGUCUCGCUCAAAGUGAUGGAUUAUGUUACAAUGUGAAAUCAUGCAGAAUGACCUUUGAACAUCGAUGCGCACCCUUUUGUUUGGUACAAAAAAUAUUUUGCAUGAAGUUUGGUAAACUGUGACUCAACAAGCCAACACCAGUAUGUUAAAUUUUUCUGCUGGCUUGACUGAACACUGUACUAGAAGCUAGAGUGCCCGGGCGGGCGACCGCAAAUUUUUUUCAGUCACCCGAAGCAAAAUAUUAGUCGCCUCAGGUGACCAGGUGCUGUUAGAGCACAGCCUUGUGUUGUGAUACAGCUAUAAUGACACUUUGUCAACAUUAGUGCUUUUUUGGAAUUUUGUUGGGAAUUGAAUUGAAUUUCAUUACCAAUGAUGUGUUUAAGAACUAUUCAUCUGGGUUUGUGAGUCAAGCACAAGAAAUUGUCCUUGAAGCAUGAGAUCUACAUCUUUAGUCUGCAGGUGAUAGACUCACACACAAUGUGUAAGAGGUGGUAAGAAUAUAUUUACCACUGAGUAUCAGGUUGUGGUGACUUUCAUCCUUGAAUGAAGUGUUACUUUCCUUUGUUUGAAACUGAUUACCAUACAUUAGCAAAAUAUAAGUUAAACCAAGGGGGAAAUUGAACCAGUAAAGGUACUAUAUGGAUUAGUUUCGGCUGGUAAUGCACAAGUCCUGCCUUUAGUUUUGCAAUAAGCUUUGUAUCAAUGAAAUAGCUGCAUCUUUUUUUCAGCUGAAUCACCAGCAAGUGUGGGUUGUUCCAUGCUUUGUCUUUUUAAUAUAAUACUUACCAUCACCUCCCUCUCAAAGCAAACUUCAGAACGUACCUUUCACUCUGUGAACUAAUUUUCCAUCCCUCUUAUAUAACUGUACUUGUACUUUAUUCUUCAGCAAUUUUCUCUUGCAAAAUUAGUUGUAAGGUCGGAAUGGAUACAUCCAGGGCUGUUUGUGCAUAUAGUUUGUGGACAAUAUUUUGCAAGCACGCUACUUUUUUUAUUGUAGGUAAAGUUUGAAGAUGUUCAGUGCAUGUAUCCAGGUUUAUACAAAGCACAGGUUACAGUUGGAGAUCAAACAUUUGGUCCAAAGAAAAGCUCCACAAAGAAAAUGGCCAGAAAAUUUGUUGCUAUUGUGGCUUUGAAAGCACUGAUGAAUUGGGAGCCCGCAGAAGGUAUGUUGUUUUCAUUAAUGCUCUAGCCAAUGGACUUGUUGUUAUUAUUUUCUUCUUUCUUUACACUCAGAACCCUGUGUUAAAGUUGUGUCUGCUGGCAGUGUCUUUUACCUUCUCUAGGUUCAUGAAGAAGUACGAUCCUUGUCAAGUUGGGACAACCCGUGCAGUACCCAUAUUCCAAAAAAAAGUGGCACUGCUUCUCUCCCAGCAUGAAUGUUUUUGCUUCUGACAUGCCAACUGGCAAAAACCAACAUUUAGGGGGCAGAAAAUACCACUACUGUCCCAACUAAUGUGACUGAGUCUUGUAGAUAUCAUCUGGAUCACUAAACUUAGAAUAAUAUGUGUACAUGUGGGUUCUAGAGAGUAUCCAUACACACACCAUGUGUAGUCAUUGGAACUUCAGAGGGGGAAGGGGUCUUAAAUGCCAAAAUUUUUAAAGGAAAGUAUGAAGGUAACGUGGGACUUCUAUUUGCCAGAGGGUGUGAAUUACCCCCCUCCCCCCCCCCAAAAAAAACCUUUUUUUGCCGGGUGGGGAGGAUUAAGAAUAUGUUCUGGAACACAAUCUCCCAAUUUUUUGUAAACAUCUUUUUAUGGUAAACCCUUUGAUAACAAGUAUUUUAUUUAUUUUGUAAUAAUUUUAUGAAUUUAACAUGAAAGAAUAUUUGUUAAUAAUUCAUGAAAUAAUGAAAGAAGUGAGUGUCCUCAAAUCUGAUUGCACACACACACACAGCUGACUGUUGAGCUCAUGUUGUCUUGAGGAAAUACCAAAAAUCCCAGGAUUGUUUAAAAAUGUAUAGAUUUAGAAGAAAUGGUUUAAAAAUGUAAAGCUGUUGAAGCCUAAUGAGCCUGUGAUGGUUCCAUGGCUGAGGGGGUGGGGGAAGUUUAACUGCUUUGGAGCUUCAGUAAAACUUGCUUAUAAGUAUGUUGCCUUUUAAUGAACGGUUCUAAGUGACAAAAUGUGGACAAAAACAUUUUAUAACAUUGAGUACUACUCAAUAAAUUUCACAUUUACUGUGCAUGUCAUGAAACACUACAUCAUAAAACAUACUGCAGUUUAAUAAGUUGUUAGUAUGAUUUUCAUUUGAAUUGUUUUAACUUAUCCUGCAAGGUUUGUAUGAUUUGAGUGAAGACAGCCCCCACUGGUCAAUGGAAAACACCAGCAAUCCCUCAAAUCCACAGCAUGUCCAGGGAGAUCCAGCUCAACCAAAAGCUGUUGUACUCCAUAAAGAUCCUAUCAUGUUAUUGAAUGAACACUGUCAAAGAAACCAGCUGAAGGUAAGUAUAAUGCUCUGGGAGCUCAGAUUUUUUUCUGUGCAUUUCUUAGUUGUAAGUAAUAUCUAUUUCUAAUCUCAUCAUGGUUGGUUGGCUUCAUAGUGUACACAACACUUUCUUAAGGUGCUUGCGUGAUGCAAGUAAGUUAGUGUGUAGUGUGUUGCUUUGCUUUAGUCCAGCAUACUCACUAGAUGUGAAGUCCUGUGGCUAUUCCAAAACUUGCAACCUGUUUGACAUGUGAGUUGGCCAUAGCUUAUUGGUUAGUGUGCCCUACUGGUAUCUGGAAGGUUGUGGGUUUUAUUACCACUGAGAGCUCAGAUUUUUUUUCUGAGCAUUUCUUAGUUGUUUGUAAUAUCUAUUUCUAAUUUCAACACACUUGGGUGGUUGGUUGACUUCAAAGUGUACACAACACUUUCUUAAGGUGCUUCCAUGAGGUAAGUAAGUUAGUGUGUUGCUGUGCUUUAGUCCAGUGUACUCAGGAGAUGCCAAGUCCUGUGGCUACCCCAAAACCUGUGAUUUGCUCACCGUGUUAGGUGCCCAUAGCUCAGUGGUUAGAGCAUUUCAUAAGUCAUCUGCAAGAGAGCAUUUUCCUUAAAACUAUGAUCACAUAAAAAUGAAAUUAUGCAAUUACAAAGCUAAAUAUAAUAUCUUAUUAAAUUAUUAUAUGAGACAUUUUUGUAAAAUCCAUUUUAGUUUUUGGUAACAUUAAAAUUUUUCUUCUUCUUUUAUCAUUUUUUGUACAGAUAUAUAAAGUCUUAUCAUACUUAUAAAUUUUACAAACAGAUUGCAUAUGAGGACCUCCCUCAUUCGGGCCCAGACCACAAGAAAACAUUCUUGUGCAAAGUAAUUGUGGGUGAAAGGUCUUUUGAGGAAGGUGUGGGAGCUAGCAAGAUUAUUGCAAAGAAGAAUGCAGCUUUGAAUGCUCUCAGAGGACUCUUUGAUAUGCCUGUUGAAAUAGCAUUGAAACCAGGAACUGGAAGCAAAGAUGGAAUGGCUGUUGAAAGACACCCUGUGAGCGUGUUGAAUGAGUAUGGUCAAAAGAAAGAGAUCAAGGUAAUGUAAAUUAUAGUCAAUGAGCCAUUCUGUCAUUUUGAGUUUGAAAUUUUCUUAAAAGUUGAAUUAGAACUUGAGUUAAUCAUCAAGGUUCCACUAGUAAACAUUAUUUUGUAGAUCUAUAUUUUAGCUGAAAAUUUCAUUCACUUUGAGAAUGCUAUGACAGAAAAGAAAAAAUAGUAGUUCCUUGCACAGGUAUGGGUGCAGAAUUCUCAUUUGAUUGGUCAUGCCAUGGUAAAUUUAUUUUUUCCGUCAGAAUUAGCUGUUUGUUGUAUCCAAAUUAAGGAUAAUAAUUUCGUCAGCUCUGGUCAGGUGGGCUUGUCGUUACCUCCCAAAGAUAAAGUGUGCUUUUAUGUAUUUACUGUUACCAUAAAUGGAAGGAAUGUGACAAUCAAUGAUGUUGUUUGUUGCAUCAGAAAUGCAUUUUCUUAAUUUGUUUCUCUCAGAACAAAAUACCGGUAUGAGGUAGCCAGUAAAGUCGCCUGAAAGUCAUCUUGCCUGAUGUUAUGUCGUCCGAAACAAGUUUUGUUGCCCAAAAUUUUUAGUCAAGUUGCCUGAAAUGCGGAAAUCCUGACUGUUCUUUAGGCGAUGAUGAGAAGAAAUGUGAAUAUAUCUCAUUCUUUAUGCAAUGAUGUGGGUGAUGCUUGAUAUACCAAGUGAAGAUAUGCUCUGUUGUGUCAUUCUAUUGUGUGAAGUUUGUGGUUAUUGUUUAUUGUGUUUAUUUUUGUUGAGCAUGAUAAAAUUUAAGGCGACAUAACUCAGCAUUUUGGACUACUUAACAAAAAAUUUUGGACGACAUAAUUCUGGUUUUGUGAGGCAUAACUUUGGGUGAGAUGACUUUCAGGCACAUUACUGGCAUUGACUGUAAACCAAUAAUUAUCACAUGUAUGAAACUGCAGUUUUCAUGCCCCAAAAAGCAUUCAAUUUUAUACAUGUAUCUUAAGCAAGUCUAUUGAUCAUAAUUUGAGAAAGGCAGUGAGUGAAUUCAGCAGAAACCAUAAGUAAAAACUUAAAACCUCAUGAAAAACUGCGACCUUCCAUUCGAUAAUCACCUGAAAUGAGGUUGUUACAACCCUUCAUUUAUUUUUCUCAAUGAUAAUUAAUAAAUUAUUGGAAGUCUCAUCAGAUAUAGACAAAUUCACUCAAUCUGCCCACCCUUGAUGUUGUAAGUAUUUUAUCUGUUUUCUUCACACUACAGAUUGAAUUUGAAGAUAUGGGUCACACAGGUGCUGAUCAUUCAAGAAUAUUUAAUUUCCGGGCAGUUGUUGGUGAUAUGUCUUGUGAACAGGGAAGCGGCCGCACCAAGAAGGAUGCCAAGAAAGCAGCAGCUAUUAUUGCUCUUCAAAGCCUGGGUUAUCAAGUCAGUGAUGGUAAGAGCUGAUAGUGGCUUGACCCUUGAAGCCCCAUAAUACAAACAAGCAUAAUGUUUUGUGCUAUUUCUCAGACUUUUCUGUCAUGACACAAAGACUGCUUCUUUUCCUCUUGUUGCUAGUGUUGGGAAUUGGCUGAGAUUUCAUAAUUGAUCAUCGGAAAUAAUUGGAUUGACCCUCUCGGAGGAUCGUUGAUUGUCCUCAGAAAAAUUUCCUUAUAAAUAUUCCAUUUAUUUUUUACCUUUCUGCAAGUCAAAGGACACAUGUUACAAGCUUUUUGUGCUUUUGGUUGAUCAAAUUCUUUUGAGACCAUUAAAAGGGCAACACACAGGUAUUAAUAUUAAUAUGUUUAUUUUCCAACAAGAAUUUUUUCCCCUGCAAUAAUCAAUAUUGAACAUUUUCCUACCCUGCGAGCAGAGGUUUCUCUCUUGUAUGGCUUUUAGUGUUUAUGAAGUUUUUCGUGUGGCUUGUCUGUUGCAUAGUUGCUUUGUUUACGCCCUGUGAGAACUCUCAUGGGGCAUAAACAAAGCAACUAUGCAACAGACAAGCCACACGAACGACUUCGUAAACACUAAAAGCCCUGCAAGAGAGAAACCUCUGCUCGCAGGGUAACAUUUUUCCUUAAUCAAUUAUCACACUGGCACUUAAAGAUUUUGAUAGAUGAUUGAUACCCCCUGCAACCUUAUACUCCUGGGAGGAGAGGGGCCACUCCUUUAUUUGGCCUAAAUGGGUAUGGUCUGCUAAACAGGGUAUGAUUUUCAAGGUCCCGAGACUCAAAAAGGGUUUUAAACAGUUUCACUGAUUUGUGUCCUAGACGUGGACUAGAUGCCUUGAAUGGGGCGUAACCUUGGUGGUGCAUAUGUUGUGUGAUCUGUGUUCAUGACUGAAAAUGCUCAUUGCAGGGCUAUCACUAACUUUUCAGGUUGCUGUGUAUGUUGUGGUUUAAAUUUUAUUUUCCUUUGUUUGGGGAUAUGGUAAUCUUGAUAAUGAGUUUGAAACAAUGGGAAGCAAGAAUAAAAUUGAACCACAACAUGUACAUGCAAUAUUAGUAGGUGUGGAAUUGAACAUCUACGAAGUUUUUCAGCUCUAUAUUCCUUCUGUUUCCUUCAUAAGUAGCUGGAAGUCAUGCUCAUAGAAGCCAGGUGAAAUCUUUACACCCAUCCCUUUGUGACAGCCCUGUCAUUGACUCCACAUCAAAGGAACUAAAAUGUUGUUAAACAAAAUGUUAUAUUUGGGCCGCUUAUUAUGGUUUCUUAGCUUAAAUAGGGUGGUGAAAUAAAUGGAUUUCGUGUUAAUCAGGGUUAGGGUAUAACAGCCUUGGCAGCAUACUCCCAUGCAAACUUUACUAUUUACAGCACCUCCCUGCGCUUAUACUAUAAACAAACGUGGUUAAAAGUGGACAGUCAUCUCAAAUUCGUUGGAAACUCAAAGGAAGUACAGUUGUAAACAAGUGAAAAUAAAGGCAUUUGUAUAACCAAGUAUAAGAAAAGCCACAUUUUAGACUAUACAUAAACUUGCUGGGACGAAAAUUUGUGCUGUAUUUAUUGUAUUGUUGUUGUCCUUGUAACAGAGUCAGCAAAGUUGCCUAUGCAGCAACCAACGUUACCUGAAUCUAAAGCUCUCCAGACACCUUUAAUAAAUGGUAAAAAUAGCGUCAGUGCUUUGUAUGAACUCUGCCAAGCUUGUCACCUUCCACAGCCUAAGGUAGUGGAAGACCGACCAGAAGAGAGCUUAGAUCCGUCUCUACAUUACUGUGCUUUUAAAGUGGGAGAUGAGCAGUACAGUAUCGGCGCAGGGAGAUCAAAGAAAGCGGCAAAAGAAAUAGCAGCCCAGCAUGCCAUGGCGUCUUUGUUGGAGCUUAGGGGAGUGCAACAGUUUCACCCAGGGGCAUCGUCUGAUGGGGACAGAUUUGCGGCACUAAGUUGGAAUCAUCUCUCAGCCCUCAGUUGUGAUGCACCUGAGGGAUGGAGGUUCGCGGGAUAUAAGGUUAUUGCGGCCUUUAUCAUGCAGGAUGGUGAAGAUGAUCCUGGUAGGGUCGUCAGUCUUGGCACAGGAAACAAGUGAGUCCGUUAUGUCCGUGUUUUUAGUUUCCUUUAACUAAAAGGUAGCCUCCCAUGAUCAGACGUUCUAUGAGCUUCGUCACGUGUUCCUGCGGGGAAGGAAGUUGUGGUGAAGCCCUAAGAACGUCUGCGUGGGAGGCUUAUUAUAUAUGACUAACAGGUAGGCCAGUCAAUUUGCCUAAUGUGUCAACUCGCGCAUUCCUGUACCACAGCAUUGAAAUAAAAGAAGUGGGUAACUUGAGACGUAGGCGAAUUGAUCAUUGUAUUCCGAGAGACACCAUCCACCCAACAAAACGUUUUCCCAAAUUUCUUCGUAUUGAAUGAAGUAUUUUUUUCUUGGUGUGUGUUGGUAGGGUGUCGUGUACGGGGAGGCAUACGGGGCUAAGAGAACAAGGCCUCAAAAACAAAACGUCCUGCUUUCUUUCGUUGUACUUUUCUGAAACUCCCGAAUUUUCAGUUAAAUUUCACAAUAAACAACAGUCCAUUUCAUUCAUUUUCGUUUUGGUUUUUCAGCAAAGUGGCUGAAUGGAAAGCGUCCAAUUGUGAUACUGUUUCUCUUUUGUCAUUACUUUGAUUAAUCAGAUGCAUAAGCGGAGAGAAUCUACGCCUUGACGGAUCAACAGUCAACGAUUCCCACGCUGAAGUUAUAGCGCGCAGGAGUCUGGUUAGGUUCUUUCAUUACCACUUGGCAAUUUUGCUGAGUGGUAAAACGGAUGUGAAGAGUAUCUUUGUGCAGAAGGAACGCCAAGGCAAGAUUCAGCUGAGAGAUGGGGUGAAGUUUCAUUUGUACAUUAGCACAGCUCCUUGUGGCGAUGCUGCUAUCUUUGUGCACGAAACUGCUACCAGGUCAGUGUAGAGGGUCCAAAAUCACAGUACUUAUGAAAUAAAGUUUUGAAAAAUAAUGAAUAGCAUUAAGUGUGAUGUUCCAAGUUACUGUUAAUUAGCUUUCAUGAGAAUGAUAAAGGACCACAUUUUAAUUUCAUAACUAGGCUCAAAAGGCGAAAUGUUUUAAAACAUAGUCAUCAGUAUAUCUAGAAAGAUGAAAUAUUGAGCCCACUAUUAUAAAUGGAGAAAACGUGUCCUGAGUAGAAGUGUUACCUGCCUACCCGAGCUACUCUGGGCGAUCCAACUUUUCCCAUAUUUCUCCUUACAAAACUUGGCGAACCUUUUACUUGAUGGUCACCCUCCUAGCAGGACAACUUUUGGUUGUGACUAGAAUGGAUACCUUAAAAUCAGGUUGGACGCCUUAUGUUUAUUACACAACGCCAUACUCUAUACCACGCUAUACUAUAUUUAUGCGAAUUUAUUGGGCACAUGUUUCAGAAAAGCUGGGAAAUCAGAGUAAGAGACAGUUGUAAAAGAAAAAGCGUUGAGUAUAGGGUUUAGCACCGAAGUACAGUCAUUAGGGUUAGGCACUGUUUUAAAAACGGUUAGCUUUCAAUAACGCAAUGAUCAAUGCCAUGUAAAGUACGUUAAAAUUAACCGGUAUCGGCAGUUAGCCCUUGAUUGUGUAGUGGAUACGCAUAUGGAUUUUAUAUCAAAUGACGCGGGUUCAAGUCUUACAUACUACCUACUGUUUUCUUCUGUUUUCUUUCUUUUCUUAUUCAGUUUACUACUUUACGUUGUAAGACUUCUAUCAUAUAUUUUGAGUGAAGAUGACAAUCUGACUCUGGGGUUUCAUUCUAGUCACAACCGUCAACUUUUCUCCUUAUAGACAGUUUGGUUCCCUCGGCGAGACGUGAGCGCUUUUGUCAGCUCUUGGCGCGGGCAAAAUUUUGAACUUCUUCUGAUCAGGUCAAAAACGUGCACACAUGUCCGUUCAAAAUCUUGCUCGGUUUCCCGGGUUCCGCCUAAACGAAAGGUGGAUCUGUGCAAGUUUUUGUCCGUUGAAAUUUGUCCGGACCAGUGUAUGUAAACAGGGCCUACGUGUUAGUAGAUUUUAUUCGAACGGUUAUAGACCCUAUCCUAGGAUUUCCGGCUUUAUAAGACCUUAUAAUGUACCAAAAAAACAUCUUCGUGGGUCUAGUCUAUGAAAAGAACCUCAGGAAAUCUCAAACCGCAUAGAAACUUGGGUGACGGGAAUAAGAGUCUGAUUGGCCUUUGCUGAAUUAAAACAACAAAGUACAUGUAUCAUUUCCCAUUCAAAUAAACCACCAUUGUUUGUUUUGAAUCAUGUUUGUUUUUCAACAGGAUCGAGGAUGCAAGUCAAAGUAAAGCAGUAUUUGGCUCACGUCAGCAGGGACUUUUGAGAACUAAAGUAGAGAAAGGAGAGGGAACCAUUCCAUUGGAUCUUCAGGAUGGUAUUUUGACCAUCGAUGGAAUCCGCUCUGGACAAAGAUUACGCACUGCUUCGUGUAGUGACAAAAUCGCCAAAUGGAAUGUUCUUGGUUAGUUGUAUUGACAUUUUCUGUUUGUACUCAAGCUCGGCGCCGUUGAGCCAAUCAGAGUGCGACCUUGAUCUUUUUCCCGCCCCUGGCACCGGUCCGCUCACAUUGAGCGCCUGGCAAAAUAUUUUCCCGCGUUACUCACCCCUUGCAGUGUUUUCACGGUCUUGCACUGGCUUCACCUCCUUUCUACGGGUGAAACACGUUCUCCGCGCUCUGUGUUCUGCCAGGGCUCACAAUAACGGCCGGUCAAACUUCUGGUUUCUCGGUCAUUUUGAUCAGAUACGUAAAUAAGUGGUCAGAAAAAAAAAACCAUUUUCGCACAAUUACGUUUCUAGAAGACAAGCAUCGUUUUUUAUUUCAUGUGUUUUUUGCUUGUUAGGCUAGUGCGUUCAAGUGAUUAUUGUUUUUGACUGGAGAGUAGAGAGACGUGAUUGAGCUACAAUUUCUCUGGCCGGUCAAUACAAUCGGCAACAGUUCAGAGGCCCUGUUGUCAUGAUGACGAUGAACGAUCGAUUUAUUUUAGAUCAGUUGUGAAGACUACAUGUAGUCCUUUCAAAGUCACUCGAAAAAUCAUAGCAACAAUCAUAUUAAGAGAGCCUAAUUUUUCUGUGAUGCUUCUCUACAGGCGUUCAAGGCGCUCUUUUGAGCAUUUUAGUCGAACCAGUGUAUAUCUCCUCCAUUAUUCUGGGAAAGCUCUUUCACCCAGGCCAUCUCAGCCGUGCUGUUAGCAUGAGGGUUGAACUGGAUAAUGACAACAGCUUUUCAAAUCAACUCCCCAGCUCUUAUCACGUCAAUCAUCCUAAACUAGAGCCAGGCCACCUCGUCCAGAAGGUACGUUUAUGUUUUCCAAUAUGAUCAUGUAGUUACAGCCGUAACCGCAAAGCGUCGAUCCUCAUACAGCCAUUUACACACUAAAUCCAUUGUGCUUUGCCGAAAUGAAAUUUCAUAUAGUUAUAGUGAAUCAAAGUACCUUUUGAUUGCUUUGUGUGCUGUUUUGAACAUCCUUGUUGAGGUCCUUUCUCUACAAUUUAAAACCACGUGAUGUACACGUGUCGGUGUGCAGGGCCACACGUUAGCCGAAUCUUGGUUGUUAGAAUCACUAAUGGGGUUAUGAAACAAUCAGAGCGCGAGGCUGAACAAACCGUUAUAGAUUUAUGAUUUUUUUGGCUCAUUAUUUUAGCGAUUCAAAACUAACGUUUAUUAGGAGCUUGUUAAUGUUUUAAGAUGAGAGAAAUAAUGAUCGUUACAGAACUUUAAAACAAACAAACAAACUCAAAUAAAUGAAUAAAUAAUGUUAUUUACUUCUUUCUUUUUCACAGGAAAGCCCUCGUGAAGUUGAAACCAAGUGCAAAACUAAGACGCUAUCAUUGAACUGGGCAGCAUGCCAGGACACUUCGGUUGAGGUAUAUGACGGAUGUUUAGGAAUGUCAGCCAACAAAAUGGCAAAACCCUCUCGUCUCAGUCGACAAGCUUUGUACGCGAGUUUGAAAGAGGUAAUGUGGAAUUUUUUGUCGAGCAAAUGUAAGGCGCAUGCAAAUUUGACUUGUUUGGUUAAUCAGUAUUAUUUACGUUGGUCUUAUCGUUUUUAUCAUUGAAGCUAUGACCACACGAGUCUGGUUAGAGUUAAAAUGAAAAUCAAUAUCCGAAUCCGUUUACUGACAUAUUCACUAUGGAGACCGUUUAAAAAGUUGUUUACUGUUUUACUUUGUUCUUAUGUGGAGUGGGCAGAAGCCAUAAGCGUUUGAACAGGGCCUCUAGAAAGUGCAUUCUUUUGAAAACAAAAGGUCAUCGCUUUAGUGUGGACGGAAAAUGUGAAAGGUUUGGGAAACGCCAACUCAAGCAUGACCUGUUUGCGCAUAACCGUGCAACAACACGAUUUGAGGAUAAAUGAUUGAAGCGGGGGUAGGGGAGGGAGGGGCUGGGGGUUCCAGCUUAGUCCCUAUGCGUUCUCGGCUCGGCCCGUGAGCUGUGACGUCACCGAGAGAGACCCACCAGCCAAGAGAGAACGCCUAGGGACUAGACUGAAAGGGUUUGUUUCUAAAGAACCUGUGAUCCUGUGUCGGGCGGAGUAGUCAAACACAUAAAUUGGGUUUUAUCAACUGCGUUUCAACUGAGUUAAUAAAUUCUACUUACCGCUGUCGCUGUCAGGACUAGGUCUCCAAACGAUUAGUGUUUCUGGCGAAAACAGCCUAACGCUAUCAGAAAUGUUUCGACCGAUAUUUUAAUGUGGUCGCUGGAAAACGAUUCAAUUGGCUAGUGUGGACUCGCAUUUUUGAGCACUACGAAGAAAAUUUUCUAAAACGCAUUUGGGUGUGAUAGGAUCUCGCUGGCGAGACUUUUGCUUUCCAAGCCGCAAAAAAACUGUACUCGCUAACCGCAUUCUCUUCGCAUUGACUGUUUGAAUUAACAGGUUGUCAAGAAUAGCCAAGACCUGGUACAUCGCCAGAUUCUCGAGGCACAAAUAUAUGGCAAAGCAAAGGAGCUGGCGACAGACUACCAAAAGACCAAGACUAUGCUAUACAAACGCCUACUGGGGACUGGGUACGGACCAUGGGAAUUGAUGCAAAAGCCCCCAGAAAUGGGUCAUUUUAGUUAGAGCCGU